AUGAUUACUAAAAUGUAAAUUGUAUAUUUAAAUAAUGUAAAACGUUUAUCAAAAGAUAGGAGUAUGAUUAAUAUUACUAAAUUUGUGGUAGCUCAUCGCGCUGACUAACUAAAUAAAACAUUUUUAACAGUUAAUGUGCUCGACAAUGUCGAUCACAACGCCUGUUGUUUUUGUGAUUUUUAUUAUUGUUAAAGUAGUCAACGGAGAAGGUUGCCUAUUUAACUACACUAAUAUACCGGGUGAAACAACUUUGCCGGUUCCCUUAUACAAUUUUACAUCGAGGUACGAAUUGAUUGUGCCUGACCAUGGAAUUCUGAAGUUGAGAACGAAUGAAGAAAUUACAUUGAUAUGUCCAGGCGUGAGGAAUUAUUUUACAAAUUUUUAUUCAAGAAAUUCAAAUAUAACGUCCGUAACUUGUGUUGAUGGCAAUACUGUUAAAAUUCACAGAAAUGAAGAGCACUUUCAAGAUAUUCGAUGUAAAAAAUCUGUCAAAGGAGAUGUUUUGAAAACGUCUCACAAAUGUAGCAAUGGAUAUGGAAAAAUUUAUAAAAUCGGAUACCAGAUAAAAAGAACAAAUUUUAUAUCAUUAAUAACGUUAUGUCAUGUUUCUCCAAUUGGUACAACCCUAUAUACGGAACAUGUAGUGGAUGGAAAAAACCUAAAAUAUUCUUCUUUCUCUUUACGACCUGACUUCAGUACAGAUGGUCUAAAUGUUAGCAUUCCAGCAUCUCUGUCUUACAAAAAAGUGGCACAAAAAUCGAUGUUUAGCAAACUAUUGAAUUCGUCUAUUCUCGCAGGACAUUACAUCAACGAAAAUUCGUUUCUUGCCCGUGGACAUUUAACACCCCAAGCGGAUUUUCUACUUGCAAGUUCACAGUACUCUACCUAUUUUUAUAUCAACGUGGCCCCGCAAUGGCAAACUAUCAAUAACGGAAAUUGGAAAAGCGUAGAAUCUGUUGUACGAACAUUGUCACGGACUUACGGUGAUUUAACAGUAUAUACAGGAACACACGAUAUCCUAACAUACGAGAACAAUCAUAGAAUUGAAACGAGAAUUUAUCUUGCAUUAAACGAGAUAUUACCAGUCCCAAAAUAUUUUUGGAAAAUUGCUUACGAUCCGAAGAGUAGAAAAGGAAUCGCCUUUGUGAUUAAAAAUGAUCCAUUUACAGAGAUUUCCAAUAAUUUCUGUACAGAUAUUUGUACAACUGCUGGAUAUAGGAAUUCCGCUUGGAAGAGUAGAUCUGGUGGUUAUGUUUGGUGUUGUGAUGUGAAAGAAUUUAGAAACAUAGUCCAUAUACCUCCACUUAUUCUGAGUGGAAAUGGUAUACUGACAAACAAUCUGUUCAAGCUAGCUAAGGCAUUAUUCACACAGAAUGACAAUCAGUAGGUAUAGUUAUUUUUUAACAUUAUAAUAAUUAUAGUAUUGUAUAGUAUUUAUACUUAUAUCACUUGCAUAAGUAGGUAUAUAUUUAGUUGUGUUGUUAUUAGUACCAUCAAUUUCAUUUAAAGCAGACAAGCCGUAUAUAUUUAUUUAUAUUUGCCGCAAAUUUAUAUUUGAAAUUAUUGUUGUCUCAGUUGAAUUAUUUAUAGUAUUAUCUGGUAUUUUUUAAAGUGUAUACUUAUUUACUAUAGUUUUUAACUGACAAAAAGAGUAAGGGUACAAAGUUUAGGAAGAAAUAAAUUGUUGGCUUUGUAGAUACUAAUCAGUUUCAGAAAAUAAAUGAAUUAUUGUUUA